AUGACCUCAUCCGCCUUUUUGACCCCACCAUCCUCACUCAGUAAAGAUGAGCAACCACUACUCGACCGUAUCAACUCACGAGGUCUCCCUCGCUCUCAUCUACCUUCUCCUCCUCUCCUGCGCUUCUCCCUACUGACUCCAGGAAAGGAAGAGGGUGAACGCAAGGUGGACUUCAUUUCUUCUCUUUAUCCUCCUUUUGCUCACAUUGCUUAUCAAGUCUUCUCUCAUCUCUCUCCCUCUGACCUCAUCUCUUGUGCCUCUGUCUCAAAAAAAUGGAGAGAGGUAAUAUUAUCAAAGCCUUCGUUCAUCCACUCCAUCAAAUCCUACCAGAGACAAAUGAAGUCAAACCAAGAAAACCUUAUAAGACCUUUUCGUGAACUCAGCAAUUGCUUCGAAGACUCCAUAGCUAGAGAACCUCUAACACAAAGACGCAUCAAUCAAGUUUCUUCUCUUUAUAUUUCUUCCUCCUCUAUAUCUUAUAGAAAUUGUCCCCAGUGUAGCUCUCCCCGUGCGAAGAGGCUGCCUCCAAGCAAGAUGGCUCACUGUGACUGUUGCAAUUUCAGCUUCUGCUGCGACUGUUUAAAGAAAGCGCAUGGGACGGUUUCGUGUCAGUCAACAAGUCCCACUAGGAAAUCUUCUCUUGUUGCUGGUGGAAAGCCGAGCAGGAAAAGACUAAAGAGACUAUGA